AUGCACUACGCUUCGACCGCCAAGAUGAUGGAGCGUUCCAUCACGCUGCAAUACUUUCGCCGCCAUACCAUCAACGACAAGGAGCCGAAUGUCACUGACGAACCGGCGUAUCUAGUUCACUUCAAACAGUCCCCUUCACAUCAUCCGCUUGACCCCUCAACGGCCGAUGGGGAACCAAUGUGGGAGAACCCAAUCGUCUGUGAUCUCGACAAGAUCUCCACCAUGGAGCUAACUCACCAUCCUAUCACCAAAAUGCACGAGCGUGUGGCCCACUUGGCCGUCAAGGUACUUCGUACCGGUUUCGACGUGGUCUCCGGUUACCGUGGCCCGGGCGGUGGCAUGACCGAGAAGGACUGGCUCAACCGUUGCCUCUUCCUCGAGUCCGUGGCGGGCGUACCCGGUAUGGUGGGCGGUAUGCUGCGCCACCUACGCUCGCUACGUAAGUUCAAACGCGACUACGGCUGGAUCCACACGCUACUGGAGGAGGCCGAGAAUGAGCGCAUGCACCUGCUCAUCUUCAUGAACAUCAAGCAGCCCGGCUACUUCUUCCGCACCUUGGUCUUGGGAGCUCAAGGUGUCUUCUUCAAUGCCUUCUUCCUCACCUACUUGGUCUCGCCCAAGACGUGCCACCGCUUCGUGGGCUACCUCGAAGAGGAAGCUGUCAAGACGUACACGUGUCUACUUAAGGACAUUGAGGACGGACACCUGGACGCGUGGAAGGAGAAGAAGGCGCCGCUCAUUGCGCAGACGUACUACAAGCUGCCGGAGGACGCGUCCUUGUACGACAUGGUCAAGUGUGUGCGCGCAGACGAGUGCAACCACCGCGACGUGAACCACGAGUUCGCGAACUUGGACCAAAAGACGGGUGUCAGUCCGUUCGUCCACAGCCACCACUUAGUGAUGCAAUGUGCUCAUGGGGCUUCUGCUAACCAGCUUAGCUAUCAGUGGUAA